AUGAGUGUAGGAGUUCCUGUAACCAAGUCUUUUAAUAAAUUAAAGAAAUACCCAUAUGAAAUUAAUAAAUUCGAUAGAAGAGAAACGAGUGAAUACUUCUACUUACCUGUUGAUUGUCCACGUAUGAAAAAAUGUGACGAUGCUUAUUGUCCUUUAGCCCACACAAAAUUGGAAAAGAUAUUUCAUCCUAUUGUAUAUAAAACACAAGCUUGUCAGAUGGCAAAAGAUGGUGCUUGUGAUUAUUUUCAGAAGUGUGCAUUUUAUCACGAUUCGAAUGAUAAGAAUGAAGCUCAUAUAAAUUGGACAAUAUGGGAAAAGAAGUGGGACAAGUGGAGAAAUAAUAUUGACCAUAUUUUAACACAACAUAAUAAGAAUGAUAAGGAGAUAAGAAGAAAGGUUGAAAGUAUUUUAAAGAUACGAAUGCCACAUUUUAAUUAUGGUUCUAAUAAAAAUAAUGUGUUUUUAAAUAAAAAUGUUCCAACGUUUCAUACGACAUGGCAAAACUUGUCUAGUUCGACUAAUGGAAAUAAUAAUAUGAAUAAUAAUAUGAAUAAUAAUAUUAUGAAUAAUAUGAACAAUACUUUAAGCAACCUUAAUAGUAAUAAUAACAAAAUGCAUAAUUUAAAUAACAUGUUAUGCUCAUCUUUAAACUCUUCAACAGUUCCUUGUUCUACUAGUUUGUUUAAUAACGCGUGGAAUAAAUCUAUAUCGAAUAAUAAAAAAAAUAUAAAGGGUAUGGAAGAGAAUAAAAAUAAGAAUAGUUCUUGUUGGGUAAAUGAACUAAAUGAUAUAAGUAACAUGAACAAUGACAAAUGUUCAAAUAUGAACAACACAUUUGUAAACAAGAAUAAUAUGUAUUUUGAUGAGACUCUUAAUUAUAAUAGUAAUAUGGUAGAUUGUGGAAUGAAUUUUGAUAUGCUUGAUAAUAAUGCAUAUAAAGUUGUGGAAUUUUGUUUUACUGAUUAUGAAAAUAAUAAGAACAAGAAUAAUUGGAAGGAGGGAAAUGAAAAUUUUAAUAUUUCUUCUAUGAAUUCUUAUUUUUCUAAUAAUGGAAAGAUGUUAGAAAAUGAAAGAUCAAAUAUAUAUCAUACGAACAAUAAUAAUAAUAAUAAUAAUAAUAAUAAUAAUGGUAAUAAUAGUAAUAGUAAUAAUAAUAAUCAGACAGGUUCUCAUUUUGAUGAAGCUUUAAAUUAUAAUAAAACGUGCGAAUAUUUACCAAACCUUUUAACAUCUGAAGAAGUAAAUGACAAUAAUAAUAAUAAGUGUAAAAAGUUUAAUACAUUACCAACUACAUUUAAAGACAAUAUUGUUGGAAAUAUAAUGAAUAAUUCAAAUAACAGCUGUGAUAUGUUAAAUUCAAAGUAUGUAUUAAAUAAUUCUAAUAACACAUCAAUAUUUGAUAAUUAUACUAAUUUAUCUACCCUUUUUGAUAUGAAUGAUAAUAAAAUAAAUAACUUAACGAACUUUUCUAAUUGUAAUACAUUAGAGCAUUUAAGUUUUGAUGAAUUAAAUAAAUCGAACAAUAAUAACGAUGAAUUUUUUAUAUCUAAUGAAAAGGUUGAAGAUGGUAAAAAUUUGAAAUUCUCCCAAUUUUUAUCCUCUACAUCGAGUAAUGCGGUUAGAUAUGGUACAAAUAAUAAUGACCUGAGCAUUGUUAAUAUGUGUGGUCUUGAUACGAAUGAUAAUAAUAAGAAUGAAGAUAACAUACUGGAUAACAACAACAACAACAACAACAAUAAUAAUAAUAAUAAUAAUAAUAAUAAUGACGAUAAUAUUAUUAAUAAUAAUAAUAACAAUUUUUUAAAUAAAGAAGAUUCCAAGGAAACCAAAACUGAAGGUACAAAUUCAAACAAUAUUCAAUCUAAUGAAAAUAAUACGAAACAUGGAAAUAAUAGAAACUCCAAGAAAAAUAAGAAUAAGAAGAAUGCCUCAAAUAAUACCAGAAAUAAUUCAAUUAAUAGAAAUUUAAAAGGGGUCAAUUUUAGUGAGGUUGUUAGUUUGAAUAAUAAUGAAAUAAAAAGUGAAGUUCAAGAGAAGAAGAAAAAUAAUAAGAAAGAAAACAAAAAUAAUAAAAAUAAUUCUAAGGAAAAAGAUCAAGAGGAAAAUAAAAUUUCAAAUGAAAAACAUAUAAAUAAGAAGGAAAAAAAUAAAAAUGCAGGAGAGGAUGAUGAGGAGGAUGUAACCACUACCGAUAUUAAUGUAUUAGAGAAGGAAAAGAAUAAAAAUCAGAAAACUAAAAACAAUGAAAAUCAACAUAAUAAAAAGAAUAAUAUUGGGCAAAAUAAUAAUAACAACAACAACAAUAAUAAUAAUAAUAAUAAUAAAAGUGGAGGUAAGAAUUCUAAAAAAAGUGGAGACAUCUUAAAUAAUCAACAAACCGUUGCAGGAAAUAAUAAAAAGAGUGAUAUCAAAACUGCGGAAAAAAAUGAAAAAAGUAAUAAUCAUAAUAAUAAUGAUAAUUUAUUUAAUAAUAAGAAUAACUGUUCGUACGCACAGAUAAAUAAAAAAUUUACAGAUGUUAAUGUAAUAGAAAACAAUCAAAUUAUUGAUGUUAACCAUUCAAAGAGUACUAUAUCUGUUGCAGGUAAGAAUAAUGAAAAUAAUACGAACAAAGAAAAAGAUACCAAAAAGAAAAACAACAACAAUAAUAAUAAUAUUCUAAAUAAUAUUAAUAAUAAAGAGAAUAAAGUAAUAAGCAAUCAAAAGAAUAAUGGUUUAGUAAGCAAUAUGAGUGGAACCAUUAUUAGUACAAAUCAUACUAAUACUAAUGAAAGAGGAAACAAAAAAUAUAUGAAUAACAAUCAUGUUAAUAGCCAUGUACACAAUAAGGAGAACAAGAACAACAUUAAUAAUAGAAUUAAUGUAAUAUCAAAUAAUAAUAACAAUAUAAAUAAUAUUGAAAAGGAUAGUAAAAAUAAUUCUAAUGAUAUACUUACAAAUAUGAAUGAUACAAAUAUUCAUCAGUUGAUUAUGAAUCAGGGACAAUUGGAUGAUAAGGAUAAUAUGAAAAAUAAUAAAAAUGAUGAUAAUAAUAUAACAUUUAAUCUUUUAACAAACAAAGAAAAUAAAUGUAAUAAUAAUUAUAAUAAUAUUGAAAGAGCUUUUACUACAGCCGUUGGAACAUCAUCUUUUAUUAAUAAUAGCAAUAUUGGUACAGACAAUAAAAUUUUUGUAAAUGAUAUAAUUGGAAAUAUGCAUGAGAAAGUUGGAGAUAAUGGCAGUGCAUUUAUGGAGACAAAUAACUAUAACAAUUUAAAUAAAUUGAUUAUGCAAGAGAAUGAAAAUAUGUUUAAUAAGAAUAUAAGAAGCAAUGUGAAAAAUAUAUUGGAUUACAUUACAAUGGAUAACAAGAAUGUAAAUCAUAAUAAUAAUAAUAAUAAUCAUAAUAGUAACAUUAUUGAUGAUAACGCCCUUUUCAGUAAUAAUAACUAUAUGAAUAAACAUGAGAACAUAUAUAAUAACACUAUGAUUAAUGGAAACAAAAUAAAUGAAUUUGAUAACAUGAGAAAUACGAACAGUAAUUAUAAUAAAAAAAAUAACUGUAUGUUUUUAUUUAAAGAUAAUUUAAGUAUAUCAGGAUUGGGAAACGUAAAUGUAUGUAAUGAGAAAAAUAUGAUAAAUGAAAGUUUGAAUAAUAUUUUUAAAAGUGAUAAUAAUAAUAUGUCUUUAGGUAUUAAUAGUCCGUGUCUUACCAAAGAGGAUUUUUUUAAUUGCACAGGAAAUAACAAUAUGGUUGAAAAUAAAUCUAAAGAAUAUAAUAUAAGUGAUAAUGGUAUAAAUGAUUCGUGUGAUUAUACAAAUAAUCUUUUAAAUAUAUUUUUAUCUUGUAAUAGUAUUAAUGAAAAUUUUGAUGAUGCAAAUGAAUAUAAUAAUAAGAUCAAUGGAUUUAAAUUGGAAAAUCAUUAUUCAUAUAAUAAUGGAGGGAAAAAUAUUUCUACAGAUAUAAAUGAGUCUAAUAAUAAUUCAGAGAAUCAUUUUAACUUGUUUGGUAAUUAUAAUUUUUUUGGGAAUAACUGUAUACAUUGUAAAAGUUAUAAAAAUGAAAUAAAAAAUUUAACACUUCAAAUAAAGCUUAUGAAAGAAGAAAUAUUAAAAUAUAAACAAUUAAUAAUGACAUCAGGAAUAAAUGAAAAAUUUGAUAAAAAUUUUAACAGUUCGAAUUUUAGUUGGAACACUACUAAAAAUUUUAAUGAUACAUAUGAACAGAAAAAUUAUGUUCCAUCUAUUGAUGCAAACGAUUAA